AUGAGGCUUCCUGGUUAUCUGUCUAUCAUAGUGGCUUUUCUUACGAUUCAUGUAGUGAAUGCCAACCCGGGACAUACGAACAAUUGGGCCGUCUUAGUAUGCACCUCCCGAUUCUGGUUCAACUAUAGACACAUGGCCAAUGUACUGAGCAUGUACAGAACAGUUAAAAGACUGGGAAUACCAGACUCGCAGAUUAUUUUAAUGCUAAGUGAUGAUGUGGCUUGUAAUUCCAGAAAUUUAUUUCCCGGCAGCGUGUUCAAUAAUGCUGACAGGGCACUAGAUUUGUAUGGAGAGUCAGUAGAGGUAGAUUACAAGGGGUACGAGGUAACCGUUGAGAACUUCAUCCGCCUGUUGACAGAUCGAUGGAGUGACGAGCAACCAAAGUCCAAGAGACUACUGACGGACGAGAACUCGAAUAUUUUUAUUUACAUGACAGGCCACGGUGGCGCCGACUUUUUGAAGUUUCAAGAUGCUGAAGAGAUCUCUUCGCAUGAUAUUGCUGACGCUUUCGCUCAGAUGCACGAAAAAAAGCGUUACAAUGAGAUUUUUUUCAUGGUCGAUACAUGCCAAGCCAACACAAUGUAUUCAAAAUUCUACUCGCCCAAUGUAUUAGCCGUGGGGUCCAGUAAGUUGGACGAGAGCUCGUACUCGCAUCAUUCCGAUGUUGAAGUCGGUGUCGCGGUCAUUGAUCGGUUCACGUAUUACACGUUAGAGUUCAUGGAGAAAAUCGAGAAAAACUCGUCACUUAGUUUGCAAGAUCUAUUUGAUUCUUAUACAUUUGAAAAAGUGCACUCGCAUGUAGGAGUGAAAACUGAUUUGUUUGAGAGGAUUCCUUCGCAAGUGCUGGUCACAGAUUUCUUCGGAAGCGUCAAACACAUUUUCAAAGAUGAGCAUGAUCAAUCUGAAGAUUUUAAUGCCGUCAUCAAAGAUGGCCAUGAACAAGAAGACUACGUGGAUCAUAUUGUGAAUCUAGCAAUUGAGAAGAAACGAAAAUCAGUGGCACGAAGCUCAAAUGCAACAUCGGUAGAGCAAGCUCCACUGAUAAAUUCAAGAGAAAGUUUGGUGAGUUUCGACAAGUCUAAGACAGAAUUUAAGUGGUCAGUGACUGUUCCACGUGUAAUAUUCUUCAGUCUUCUCAUUUUCAUAUUCUACUUACAAGUACAGGAUAAGACCCAAUCUCAAUCGACCUUAAGAUGUUAG